CCACUGCCUUUAAUGCCCAAAGUAGCACCACAGCUUGUCUCAUAUUCCUUUUGGUCAGUCGAAGUCGGUGGUAGUUAGCAAUCGUUGUGACACAAUCCUUCUAGGGGAAACUAUUGUUGACAACUCAAACUCAUCCAAAAGGACAUUACAUCACCGUUUACCUCCAUUCGGAAUGAGAUUGUAUUGUUACAGCUAUUAUCACUUAUUCACAGAAAAGAAAGACAUUCCUGCUAGAGUAAGCCCUCCGGAAUGAAUCAUGGGAUGUGGGCGACGUAAAGCUCCAGAGAAUCCAACUCCUUUGAGUGAGAUUUAAGACGAGUAUUAAGAAAGUGGUCGGAGAAUAAAACAUGGCGAAUUACAAGUACCCUUUCACAACCGCAAACAAAGUUCCAACGGUUCAAGAAAGACGGAAAUACUUGUUUGCUCUUGAGAAACUACCACUUGAAGAAAGGAGGGCAGUCCUCGGGAAAUACUACGAUGAUUGGGUUCACAAUGGGUACGAAGAGCACUGUAUUAGAAAUGGGUACGUCGGUCAUAUCACACUAGCUGAAGAAAUACAUGCGAGAAUUCCUGAUACAUCAAAGCGUAUACUUGACUGUGCCUCUGGAAAUGGCUUUCUUGGAGAACAGCUGCUGAAGAAACACGGUUUCACCAAUUUGGACGCAUUGGACAUGUCACAAGGCUGCCUUGAUUACACGCGUGGAAAGAAUGUCUACACAAACUACAUUUGUGCCGCUCUGGGUCCAGAUCGACUGCCCAUCGACGAUGAUGCAUAUGACGGGAUUGGUCUAACCGCAGGUUGCGGCGCUGGUCACGUGCAACCAGAUUGCCUUCCAGAAUGGAUCCGGAUCACAAAACCAGGUGGAUUGAUCAUGUUUGUGGUGCAAGAAAAAUAUCUAGAUGGCGAACACUACGAUGAGAAUUACUGCAAUGGUGCCUUGGAUGCCAUUCUACACAAAAUGGCUGCCGAAGGUCAAGUGGAGUUUUUGGAGAAGAAAAGGCUGUUUUACCUUAAGAAUCAGACAGACAAGAGCAAAAAUGAAUACUCAUACAUGUUUGUUCUUCGAGUAAUGUGAAUUAUUGUUGACAAUUAUUUUUUUUGGGUGUGGAGGCAUCUCUACUAAGAGAUUUGGGGUCGAUUUAACAAAGAGUUAGGACUCGUCAUAACUCGAGUUAGGACGAGAACUCGUCCUACUUAGGAUUAAUUUUAAG